AUGUUCGUGCAGUUUUGCUGGUCCUCUAAGGUCGAUGCCCUGGUUCAGCAGACGGUCGCCACGUUCGGCUCGCUGCACCACUGCUUCAACAACGCCGGCAUCGAGGGCGGGAGAGCGCCGCUCCACGAGACGGCCCCCGGCGACUUCGAGCGGGUGAUGGCCGUGAACGCGGGCGGGGUGUUCAAUUGCAUGCGCGCGGAGAUCCGGCAGAUGCUGGCGCAGCUGAAGCUCAACCCGGUCGUCGUCGGCGCAUCCCCGAAGUCCCCGAAGGCGGUGGACACUGUGGGCCUGAGCAUCGUGAACACGAGUUCGACGGCUGGCCUGAGCGCCAUGGCCGAGUUCUCCCCGUACUGCGCCAGCAAGCACGCCGUGAUCGGCCUGACGCGCUGCGCUGCGAGGGAGUACGCCCCGUUCGGCAUCAGGGUGAACUGCGUCUGCCCCAGCACCACCGACACGCCCAUGGUCCAGAGGUUCUCGCAGAGCUGGCCCGACUGGCAGGACAGGCAGAACUCCAGCUUCCCCGCGGGCCGCAUCGGCACGCCCGAGGAGGUUGCGGAGGCCGUGCUGUGGCUCAGCUCGCCCAGGUGCCCGAUGGUGUGUGGAUCGUGCCUCACUAUCGACGGCGCUCUGACGGCGUAA